GACAAUUCCAAAGUGUUGUUGGUCACCGUGUUCUGCUGCCAUCUAUCUACUUGUUCAUCCUUUUCAUACCCACUUUGUCAUUUCAACUCCAACAAGAAAAACAAUUUGAUGGGGAGGAGUGGAUUGUUUGAUCUUGAAAGCCACUUUGCCUUCUAUGGGGCAUAUCACAGCAACCCAGUUAACAUAUUGAUCCACACUCUCUUUGUGUGGCCAAUUCUGUUCACCUCUCUUGUUCUUCUCUACUUCACACCUUCCCUCUACAAUUUCCCAGCUGAGGGGUUUAUGUUCAAUUUGGGGUUUGUGUUCACUGUGAUCUAUGCUUUGUAUUAUGUUGGAUUGGAUAAGAAAGCUGGGUCCUUGGCUGCUUUGCUCUGUGUUCUCUGCUGGGUUGGAGCCAGUGUUCUUGCUAAUCGACUUGGGUUCUCUUUGGCAUGGAAGGUUGUGUUGGCAGCUCAGUUGUUCUGUUGGACUGGACAGUUCGUAGGCCAUGGGGUGUUUGAGAAACGAGCACCGGCUCUUCUGGAUAACCUUACCCAAGCAUUUCUGAUGGCUCCUUUCUUCGUGUUGCUUGAGGUCCUUCAAACGGCCUUUGGUUACGAACCUUAUCCAGGGUUUCAUGCAAGCGUGAAACAAAAGAUAGAAGCCAACAUCAAAGAGUGGAAGGAUGAGAAACAAAAGAAACAAACUUAAGCUUAGAUAGCUCACAUCCAGAUACCAGUUCUGAGAUGACUGUAUUGCUUGUAUCUGUAUUUGCCAAGUAGUUUUCACUUGAUAUCGAGAAGAACAAAACAAAGCCUUCAGAUGUUAUAUACUUGUAUAAUACAGUGCUCUAAGACUACUUUUUCGAC